AAUGAGCCAUACAUCUAGAUCAUCACCAUCAUAUCCACAAUCAACCACGAUGGCGUCCAAAGUCCUUGUCGCAAUCCUCCUGCUCGCCGCGGCGACGCCAGCGUCGCUGGCUGCCAUCGAUGUGGUACAGCUGCUCGCCGGAAAGCCCCAGUACGCGACCUUCCUGAGGCUCCUGAAGGAGACAAAGGUCGCCGAUGACGUGAGCCGCCUCAAGUCGGCUUCCGUGCUGGUCGUCACUGAGAAGACCGUGAAGCCACUCUUGGCGGUGCCGGCCGCCAAGCAGAGGACGAUCCUCCUGCAUCAUGUGCUCAUCAAGUAUUUCGACCCCAUCCAGCUGGGCGAGAUGAAGACCAACGUUGCCAAGCUCCAGACCAUGCUCUCCAACACGGAUGAGGACAUGGGCACCAUCGACUACUCCAAGGACAAGGACGGCCAGAUGUACCUACGCUCCCCAGGCGCCGACAGUGUCGCCAAGCUCGUCAAGGUCGUCGCCGCGCGCCCCUUCACCAUCUCCAUCAUGGAGAUCAGCGCGCCGCUCUUGUGCCCCAAGCUACUCGGCCCUGGCGCCGCCGGCGCUGCCGCUGGCAGGCCCAAGGGCAAGGGCAAGGGCAAGAUCAAAACCAUGUCCGCUGAGGAAGGGGCCACCGCCGCGGCUCCAACUGCCUGAUCUGAGAAUUGAGUAAGGUGGCCCUGCAGGUCCCCCGUUGAACCAUGCGCGCACAACUUUGGAUUUUAUCUUAAUGCCAAGGCUUCAUACAUCUUCUUCUUUUCUGCUACUGUACUAAUUUUGUGUUUCCAGUAUCCUAUGAUUAUUAGUGAAGUGAAUCGCAGUACUACUAGAGGUUGGGGCGCACCUCCUGUGCAGCGUGCGUGUUUUUUUUUUUCUUGUUUGGUGCAAAGGCAGUCAGA